UGGCAACAAAGAAAUAAUAAUAAUACAAGUGGUGACUCAGAUUUUGGAAAUAAAUUAGCUGUAUAAUUGCCGGUGAUUUUUGGAGCUAAUAUUAUUGGCAAAAAAAUGUCGAUUUCUUUCGAACAGUUGCGGUUAAUAUUACAGCACCAGCAGAAGAUGUUUGCCUUGCAACAACAGCUAUUUGUAACAGUUUUGGGCAGACUUUGCAUUCAAGCAGAAAAUAAGAAAUCUAUGUAUCAUGCAGAUAAUGGUGCAGUAAUGGACAUUUCAGAAGCAUAUCCUGUGCAGGAUUCAAAUCCCUCUAUACCAGAAGGAAAACGUAAUAUUGGUAACGUGUCCAGCUCAGAGCAAGAAAAUAUUGUGCUAAAUGCACAUGAAGUUGUGACAAUACCAGAUGAUCAGGAGCCAGAUCCUGUAGAUGAUGCCCAGAGUCCAGAAUCAAAUGAAACACUACUGGUACUGUCUAGCUGCGAAAAUAAACGUCAGCUCGAACAAAAUUGUGGUCCACGUGCUAUUAGUCGAGAAAGCUAUGGUGACUCGUAUUCAGAAAAUAACUGGAGCAACACGAUGAACCAAAUUGUACCAGAUGUUACUCAAAAUCACCGGAAGACAGAAUUUUAUAUUGAGUCAACUUAUCCCAUUUCUAAUGACAGUGUGCCAGAUAUUGAUUCUCAGAAUAAUGCAUAUGAUUUUGAUGAAACUUCUUAUAACAAUGAGGGAAAUAUGUCAGCUGAGUCGAAUGAUGGCCAAAAAUCUAAUUUAAUUCUGUUAGACGUUGACUUUCUUAAUGACUCGUUAUCUGCUAACGAGAUUCAUAAUGAAUUUGAAAAUAAUGAACUCAGAUCAAAGGUCGUUCAUCAUCAUCUAGUCAUUUUUAGUGGAUUCUCCAGUCAAUACAAGAAACAUGGUUUAAAUAAAGUCCUACUAGUUGUAAUUUGGAGCCAUAAGGACCCAACAUUAUUUCGAGGAGGAGGAGAAUGUUGAGGAAUUUAAAGUCACAUAUAAUUCUUUUUUUUUUUUAAUAAGAAUCUAAAGUUGGAAUUUUCAAAAAAAAGGGGGUGUUAUAUCCGAGUGGAGAUUAAGUUACAGGUAACUUCCGAGGACUAUUCAUGGACUAAUAUUCUUAUUGUAUAACUACUCAACAAUUACACUAUGUAUAUUUAUAUCCCUCUUAUGACAAGCUUUAUUUUGGCCUAUAAUUUAUUAUUGUACGAUUUACGGUUCUUAAGUUAUGUUCAGUUUAUUAACUACUGCCUCCCACAUUCACAGCCACUUUUUGGGCUUAUUUGUGUACAAAUAUUAUUUCCUAUUUUAUGGUACGUUGCGGUCUGUGUGAUUGAUAUAUAAACUAAGUAUGCUUGAAAUAAACGAUCUGCUCUGAUUCGGAA